CAAAACAUAAACGUUUUUGUGUACAAAAGGAAUUUAUGGUUAUUUGUAUUAAAGGAUGGUCUAGUUAAGCUCGCAACUAUUUCGGAAUGAGCAAGCAGAAGUACACCGAUUUUUUGACCGAGGACGAUCCCCUGUUGCCCGACAAGGAGUCCCUGGAAGAUAAACUAGCGGUGUUGCAAAAUAAACUGGAUGAAAUCCUGGAGAAUCAAAAUCAGAUCCUGACACUUGUUUGCCAGGUGGCUCGCAAUAGGACAACCGGUGAUCAGUACAAGGUCGAGGUGGAUUAUUUUCCCGGUGACGGAUCCUGAAGAGCUGCAGAAUCUAGACGACAAUCUCUCCGAGCCGGGCAAUAAAUAUGCAAACCUUAUUCGCCGGAUUUUAAGACCAGAAGGACGAAUAGAACCGCUGAAGAAGAACUUUUCAAAGUUGUUCGAGUACAAUGUUCUAAUGGCAUACAACUACGAUGGUGUGAGC